AUGGAUGCUGAAGUCGACCAUUAUACUGUUCUGGGCUUGCCGUCCGGCAAGGAAGGUGCCGCGCUUACCGAUCAAGAGAUCAACAAAGCCUACCGAUCCAAGGCCCGCGAGCUGCAUCCCGACAAGAGGCAUAACGAUCCUAAUGCACACGCCAAUUUUCUUAAACUCCAGACCUCGGAAAAUAAGCUCAACCGUAAGGGGCAAAAAGAUUCCAAGCGCCGGAAAAUGAUGUCGGAUCUCGAGGAAAAGGAGAGGUCUGUUUUCUCCUUGGACCCCACCGUGAGAGCUCGGGAGGAGGAAGAAAUGAUAAUAGCCCAAAAGCUGAAGGAUGAGAUCAAUAAAAUUCGAGCAAUGCACAAGAAGACUAUGCCGGAUAAUGCAAAGGGGAAAGAAGGAAUUGAUGUUGAGGGUGUGACAUUGGAUAUGGAGAAAAUUGUUAAAGUCUCCUGGGAAAAGGUUGGAAAUGACUACACGGCUGAGGGGCUUAGGGAAAUUUUCGAGGAGUUUGGUGGUGUGGAAGAUGUGGUCAUCAAGAGCUCCAAGAAGAAAGGGUCGGCUCUUGUGGUUGCUACUAUUGGGAAUGUGUUGGGUAAUCUUUCGAAUCCUCUGUUAGUUUUGCCUCUACAACCAGUCGUUUUUAGUGGGGAGAAAAAUGAGGCCGAUGGCCCAAAAUCGAGCAAUCUUGUUGGUGCUGGAUAUCAAGCACGCGAAGAUUCGAUUCUAGAGAAAAUGAGAAAGGCUGCUGCACGGAGGCAGAAGUGUGACACCUGA